UCAGGAAGUUAGUUCAGCUGUGUCCAGUGAGGUACACGGGUGGUUGCAGUGUUGUGGUUGUUUCCGAAGGAAGUCAGAAGCAAGAGCUCUAAAUUAUAUUUGACAAAAGCUGAUCCGACAAGGCUGUGCAUGUAGAUUUGACUUGGCCGUCGUGUGUUAGCUUGAGCUCGACUUCAGAUCUGGUAGAGCCACACGUGGGGAGAAGGUACUCGUAUCGGCAGUCUCGGAGCUCCACUGUCUGAUUUACCUCCUUACUUUCUUACAAGAACCAUGGCGUCGUCCGACAACUCUCGCAUCGAACAGACCCAGAACCAGGUCAAUGAGGUACUGGGCAUUAUGAAAAACAAUGUGGACAAGGUGCUGGAGCGUGAUGCUAAGCUAGGUGAUCUGGAAGACCGGGCAGAGCAUCUGACAGCGGGAGCAAAUCAGUUUGAACGCUCGGCAGGCAUGAUCAAGAAGAAGAUGUGGUGGAAGAACGUCAAGAUGAUGAUCGCCGUUGGUGUUGUAGUCAGCAUUAUCAUUGCCGUCAUCGUCGUCAUUGCUGUUAAGACGUAAGCCCUAGUCAGGAUUGAUCUGGCAUCCACCACCAGUGUUACACAUUGCCGUCCAUUCACUAUCAACUUAUCAAGCCAGGACAGUUUGCAGCCGGUGUCUGCCAUGUCGCGAGAACAACCCAUGGCCUCAUCAAAGCGUACUGUGGAAUAUGCCCGAGUCAGCCGCAGUGCGGGUUCUCUCUUCCCUAAUGGGGGAUAAGCCAUACUUCUGCAUGCAGCUGCUUCCGUUGCUUAGCCACUGCACUGACUCGGUGUUUGUCUGCUGUAUAUGCUGGACUUGUACUGUAGGUGAUAGCCUAGCUGAAGGCACUUUGCUUGUAUAAUACAUGUAGGGUCCUGCUUGCUGCUGCUGCCUUGAAAUCACAUUCCAACUCUUAUUACUCAAUACACGGAUUUAUGGGAAUUUUCAACUGUUGCUAACAAUUUAUUUGAGAAUCAUAACGUUUUGAACAUCAAAUGGAUAUCCAUUACAACAUACAAAACGACGUGCUACAAUAAUGUAAUUUAUCAACCGGCAGUAUUAUAGCCUCGUUUUUUUAUGAUGCAUUUCCGAUUUCUUUUAGUGAUCAUCCAUCUCAGUAUUCUUUUGCAACACGCGCAUGUGUGUGUGUUUGUGUGUGUGCCAUAUGGUGCAGUGGUAUGUGCAGUUGAUUUCCAAUCGAGAGGUUGUGGGUUCGACCCCCGACGAUUAUGGUCGGACACAUCUUUCUUCUCUUUCUCAUUCUCCUAGCUCUUCUUUCAUUCUCCCGGUUGGUUACCAACAGCCAGUAUAUG